GAAGCCGUUAAAUUCUCGUAGCUUCUCACCCGAUAAAUACCAAUCUUUUCUUCAACGGAAAGCCCCACGAGAGAAAUUAGAAAGAAAGAAAGAAAGAAAGAAAAUCCAUUGAAAGAGAAAAAGAGGGGAAUUUCUGCAACCCUAAUUUCAUUGCUAAACCCUAUUCGUUUCAGCAUUCCUCUCUAAAUUCUUUCUCAUUUUUUCUCGCCAAACUUUCCAGAUCCAAAUAAAUCAUUCAGCCAUGGUUUUCUGGGUUUUUGGUUAUGGUUCACUUGUAUGGAACCCAGGAUUUGAUUAUGAUGAAAAAAUCAUUGGUUUCAUUAAGGACUAUAGACGUGUGUUUGAUUUAGCUUGUAUUGAUCAUCGAGGAACACCUGAAAACCCUGCAAGAACUUGCACUUUGGAAGAGAAAGAAGGGUCAAUUUGCUGGGGAGCUGCUUAUUGUGUUCGAGGAGGCCCCGAAAAGGAAAAGCUUGCUAUGCAGUAUUUGGAGCGGCGAGAAUGUGAGUAUGAUCAAAAGACUCUUGUAAACUUCUACAAGGAAGGAGAUUCACUGCAUCCUGCUCUUACCGGAGUUAUUGUAUUCACGUCUACUCCGGACAAAGAAAACAACAUAUACUAUUUGGGACCUGCUCCGAUAGAGGACAUGGCUAGGCAAAUAGCAACUGCUAAUGGUCCUUGUGGAAACAACAGGGACUAUCUUUUUCUUCUAGAAAAGGCUAUGCAUAAUCUUGGUCAUGAGGACGACUAUGUGAUUGAUCUUGCUAAUGAAGUGAGGAAAGUACUUGGAGUCGUGAAUGUAGUGACGAAUGACAAGAAAUUGGUUGGACCGGCACAACUUCAACACUCCCCCCAUGUACCCAUUCCAACCCUUCAGUUGCACCCACUGCCAGAACCUAUUGCUUUGGAUAGUUAAGGAGCUGGGAUUACUAAAAAUUGAUGCUGAGUUCUUCAUCCAAACUGAUUUACUGUGGACCCUGCUAACCAUCAAUCAAUUUUUUAAAUAAUAUCAUAUAGUUGUUCACUUAUGAUGCUAGUUUUAGCUGCCUUUUCACCCAUUCCCUUGAGAUGUUGCUUAGACUAUGUGAUGAGACACAAAAUGUUCUGAGUUGGAAUGUGCGAGGAAAUUUUACACCUACAUUAAUUAAAAAGGAUAAUGUUCUAUUUAUCCAAUGGCAAUCCUGAAUGAAAUGAAUUCUUCUGUUUUGACUCAA